UUCGUAUUUUUUCAACGGAUUUUCAAUGGCAAUGUGUGCGAUUACGAGUGCACCUCAGUGCUGCGCGGCAUUCCGGAAGAGAGCCUCCCCGAGCUAAACGACAAUGUUGCUCCAGCUCAUCGUCUUCAUGCUGUCCACAACAACAGUCCACCCUGCAAUGCGUGCCAAUUUGCAUCCAACAAUGCCAAUCCGCUUGCCAAACUCCACAAUGUGCUCAAUCUUGUGCUCCAAGCUGCAACCAACAAUGUGGUGCUAGCCAGCAAAUUAUCCUCGUCCCACAACAGCAAUCAUGCAAUCAAUGCCAACAAUCCUGCAGUAGCUCGUGCUCCACCCCAGUGUGCCAAAGUACCUGCCAAGCCAGCUGUGCCCCAUCAUGCGGAGGUCAAGCACCACCUCAGGUAA